ACGCACUUCCGCUGAGGCCGCUGUGUAUUUCCGGUUUCUUAGUCACGCGUGUGUUGCUCGUUGGAGAGAACUGUGUGCGACUGAGGAGCUGCGCCAUGUCCGACAACGAGGACAAUUUUGAUGGAGAUGAUUUUGAUGACGCUGAAGAGGAUGAGGGGCUUGAUGACUUGGACAAUGCAGAAGAGGAAGAUCAGGAGCAUGUUGCCAUUUUACCUGCUGGUGAGGGGCAGCAAGCAAAUCAGAAGCGGAUUACAACAAAUUACAUGACCAAAUAUGAGCGGGCCCGGGUUCUCGGAACCAGAGCACUGCAGAUAGCAAUGUGCGCACCUGUUAUGGUAGAACUGGAAGGAGAAACAGAUCCUCUUCUUAUUGCUAUGAAGGAGCUUAAAGCCAGGAAGAUCCCUAUAAUCAUCAGACGCUAUCUCCCUGAUGGCAGUUAUGAAGACUGGGGGGUGGAUGAACUGAUUAUUACCGACUGAGACCACAGGAAGUGCUCAAAGCCUCAUGGAACUUCUUUUAUCCUUGCCCACCAACGUUUGUACAUAACUAUUUUAUAAAACUUGUAAAUUUGCUGUAUUUAAUAAUAAAAUAAAAAAAAACAUUAAGAGCU